CUAUAUCACCCCUCAUUUGGCGACCAUAUUGAGGAUUAGCAGACGGGUAACCCACCGGUAUUGCCAGAUCAGGUGAAUGGCUGUGCUAUGUGGCUUAUGCAUUAGCCGAGUCCAGUCGCGUGAAUUGUAGUUUUUGCAACGAAAAAAAGAACCUUAUCUACGAUACCAACCUCAAUUCCCGAUACUCUAUUUACAUGUCCCUAUACGAUCAGGGCAAGAGCCGCUAUGGACGCUAAUCAGGCGCGACGGCGCGGCACAGACUUGGUUUCACGACCAGUCUCCGGAACUAGCACAGCCUCCUCACAGCACUACGUUGAAACUUUCACCUACUCAGCGCUUCCGCAAGACAAAGACUGCACGCGGUUAGUUCGCGUUGAACCUGCGGGAAAUAACGAUGAUCCUAUUUCAUGCAUUCUCAUCGAUGUUGUUUUUGGCGACAGGCCGAAAUACCAGGCACUAUCGUAUAUGUGGGGCGACGAGACCAGCAAGCUGAAGAUCCUCCUCAAUGGCACUGAGUUUCGUGUGACGCAGAAUCUCUUCGAUGCUCUCCAGUUCCUGCGUAGGGAGCCUAAACGUGGGCCGGUCUGGAUUGACGCGAUAUCCAUAAACCAAGCGAACAUCCCUGAGCGAAACCGGCAGCUCCAGAUGAUGCCAUACAUCUACGUUCGCGCGCACACAGUUCUAGUAUGGCUUGGGAAGAAGUAUGCUAAGUAUGAGUCUGCCGACUCAAAGGAAUGUGUAGAGGCUGGUCCUGAGCCUGCCAGGAAAAAUACAUCCGACGAAGCCAUUAGGCCCCCGACGAGCUCGACUGUAGACGCUGACUGCUCGCCAAUUCCUGCCGGCGACGGACGUGCGGGUGGCGAGGCAGCGUUUGCAGAAGAGGUGCGAACUGACAGGUACUGGGACAGGGUUUGGAUCAUUCAAGAAAUUGGAAGGGCUUAUCGUAUUCAGGUCUGCUUUGGCCAUCGCCGCAUUAUGGACUGGGAAUCAUUUAUCAAACUGAUUGCAUAUAAGGCCCCUAAAGAGCGUUUUGGAGGGCCUUACCAUCUCGAUGAACUACGCAAGCAGAAAUACAAGGGUGGCCAUAGUCUACGAAAUCUUCUCGAGAAUCACCGUGAUGCCUUAUGCACCGACCAAAGAGACAAGGUCUAUGGACUGGUUGGACUAGCAGCGGAUGCUCGAGGAUUCCCUAUGGACUACGGAAAACGCGAGAUCGACGUCUGGACAGAUACGAUGCGAUUUAUGAACGACCACGGGUUACUCCAAAGUUCAGACCUUGUGGAAUUUGGGAGGAUGGUUAGAGGCCUCCUCCUAGGUCCUGGAAUGGAGCCGGUGCACAGUGUAGCGCACCCAAGCCCCUGGGAUAGCACCAGAUUAGUCCUCGACGGGCAAGUGUCACGAAACACAGAUGUUUUCACUCUCCGUGCCUAUAUUUACGGGUACAUUCAAUACCUGGGCCCAACUACCACCGACGUCGUUUCCAGCCUGCAACUAGCGGAUGAGUGGGCCAUGGCGCUUCAGGCCAACUUCCCCGAAGACCUUAGCCAUGCGCACUGGGAGAGUGACAAUCUGAUGCGCAAAAUAUUAGACGCAGAUGAAGCCAGCUUAGCAAAAUCGUGUCACAACCAUAUGAGCUGUCUGUGUUGGCGUCCGCAAACGGAUGAUUUCAAUAAUCAGUUCAGACGUAUAGCAUAUAAAUUACCACGUAUCAGGCAGAUGCAGGAGAAGAAAUCCUUGCCUAAAUUUACAGCCGCAUCGAAGCUAAGGGAUGAUAAUGAUCGAUACUUGUUCCAGUUGAAUUGUUUAAGUAGCGUAAAGACGCCCUACAAGACAGGAAUUGCCUCAAGUCAGGCAGAACCGGGAGAUUUGGUAUGCUGGAUUCCUGGUGUCAAACAGGCUGUACUCGUGCGUGUAGGCUUUGGUAGCGGCGAUGAGGUCCAUCUUCAAGUAUGCGGGACUGCAAGGAUUACUUGCGAUCUUGAGAAAGAGGCGGCUUUGGAGGAUAAGAAACGAGCUUGUGAACUCUUAGAGCUUGAUAUUUUGGUGGAUGCUCACACACUCUUUGUUAUCUUAGCAAGUUAAGAACGGUAAACCCGUCAGUGACGUUAUUUCCCUCGCUAAACUAUUCUGAUUCCUUUGU